ACAUCUGAAUCGUUUAUAUCACAAGGUUAACCACCGUGAGUGUUAGUGUUGCCUAAAAGAAAAGCAAUGAAGACGGUUUUAUUAAUAUGUUUAAUCCUGUACUUCGGUGGUACUGACUGUAAGACUCGUUCUCGUUUUUUAAAACAUAAUCCUCCACCGCCAAAACGACCUCUAAAAAGCAGUGUUCAUGUAUCACAAUCAUACUUUACUCAAAAGCUCGAUCACGAAUCGAACGAUGAGACUACUUGGUCGCAGAAAUACUUCGUAAAUACCGAAUAUUUUAAUACAGCAGUUAAUAAUGUCGUUUUUCUAAUGCUUGGAGGAGAGGGUGAAGCUUAUGAUAGUUGGAUGACAUAUGGAACUUGGGUAGUCAACGCCCAAAAAUAUGGUGCAUUGCUGUUUCAAUUGGAGCAUAGAUUCUAUGGAGAAAGUCAGCCAUUCUCCGAUCUGAGUACUGAAAAUUUGCGCUAUCUCUCAACUGCGCAAGCGUUGGCCGAUGCCGCAAACUUUAUCAAAGCCAUGAACCAACAGUACUCUCUGCCGUCCGACGUUAAAUGGAUCGUAUUUGGUGGUUCUUAUGCCGGUUCCCUAGCUGCUUGGUUGAGACUAAAAUAUCCCGAUUUGGUGCAAGGAGCCGUGUCGACUAGUGGUCCUAUUUUGGCAAAACUGGAUUUUAAUGAGUAUUUCCAGGUAGUCAUUGACGAUUUGGCUGCUAGCAGUCAAGAAUGUGUGAGCAGUCUUACAACCGCCAUGAGUCAAGUCGACGAAUUAUUAUAUAAUCCUGGUACAGACGAAUCCCUUACAAGCAUAUUUAACUUAUGCGAGCCCAUUGAAGAUUUUGACGUAGAUGGUUUAGACGUUGAAAAUUUCUAUGUCAGCUUAGCAUACGUUUUCGCUUCAAUAGCGCAGUAUAAUGGAUUUGGCAACUAUACUAUUGACGAUAUGUGUAACAUAUUGACCGAUCAAAGUGUUGGAAAAGAAAUAGUUCGUCUGGCUAAUGUCGCUAAACUGGGAUACGGAUCAGGAUGUAUAAGUUACAAUAUUGCGGGCAGCGUAGCGUAUUUACAGAAUACUGAAAUAAGCGGAGAUGAUCGUCAGUGGACAUAUCAAACUUGUGCCGAAUAUGGAUGGUUCAUGACAACAAACAGGGACGAUAAAAUAUUCGGAAAAGGAUGCUCAGUAGACGUAUAUACAAAUCUGUGUUCAGAGGUAUUUGGACAAUCGUUUAGCGAGUCUUUUAUCAGUGCUCAAAUCAAUCAAACGAACGCAAAUUAUGGUGGACUUGGUAUCACAGUCUCAAACGUGGUUUAUGUUCACGGCUCUCUAGAUCCUUGGCACGCUGUCGGACUUACACAAACUACUAACCCCGAUUCACCUGUCAUAUAUAUUGAGGGGACCGCUCAUUGUGCUGAUAUGUAUGAAACUUUCGAGGGCGAAUUGCCACAACUUACCGCAGCUAAAGAUGAAAUCUCUAGACUGAUUGGAGUGUGGUUAGGCCUCAGUUAAUUAUAUUUGGCUGAUCAUUUGCCCUGUUCAUUAUGAAAAUGUAUAUAUACAAAUAUAUUCCUGAUGAAAAAUA